CGCGGGCCGCGGGCGAGGCGGGGCCGCGCGCGGGGUCCCCUCCUCCUCCCGGUCAGGUCCCCUCACGAGAGCCGGGCGCAGCCUGCGCCGCCUGCUCCUUGCCGCUGGCCCGGCCCGGUGCUGCGGCUGUGGGGUCGGCCCGCUAAGGACAAGGUCAGGAGACUGGGCGGCGAUGCCGGAGUGCGACUGGAGGCGGCCGAGCGGAGGCGACAGCGGUUGGGAUCUGUCCCUCCUGACCGGGGAGCGGGACUGGGACAGGCGCCGGUGAGGAGGAGGAGAGGCGGCGGCGGCGAGGUUUUCUCCGGCCAGAAUUCCUCUCAGGAGCAUCCCUGUCUGCGCCCGCGAGCGCAGCCCGGCCGGGCAGGGGCGCUGGGGAAGAUGGAGCCAGGGGGCCCGGCCCGCACCGGUCCCCCGCAGCCGGCCGCCCGGGGGCUGUGGAGGGCUCGGCCGGCGGGCGGCGGCGGCGGCGGGGGCGCCUCCUCCUGGCUGCUGGACGGGAACAGCUGGCUGCUGUGCUAUGGCUUCCUCUACCUGGCGCUCUACGCGCAGGUGUCCCAGUCCAAGCCGUGCGAGAGGACGGGCUCCUGCUUCUCGGGCCGCUGUGUCAACUCCACCUGCCUCUGCGACCCGGGCUGGGUGGGGGACCAGUGCCAGCACUGCCAGGGCAGGUUCAAGUUAACAGAACCUUCUGGAUAUUUAACAGAUGGUCCAAUUAACUAUAAGUAUAAAACUAAAUGUACAUGGCUAAUUGAAGGCUAUCCAAAUGCAGUGUUAAGAUUAAGAUUCAAUCAUUUUGCUACAGAAUGUAGCUGGGAUCAUAUGUAUGUUUAUGAUGGAGAUUCAAUAUAUGCACCUUUAAUAGCGGUACUUAGUGGUUUGAUAGUCCCUGAAAUAAGGGGAAAUGAAACCGUGCCUGAAGUUGUUACAACAUCUGGCUAUGCACUGUUACAUUUUUUUAGCGAUGCAGCAUAUAACCUAACUGGUUUCAAUAUUUUCUAUUCAAUCAAUUCUUGUCCUAACAAUUGCUCUGGUCAUGGGAAAUGUACAACUAGUAUCUCUGUUCCAAGUCAAGUAUAUUGUGAAUGUGAUAAAUAUUGGAAGGGGGAAGCUUGUGAUAUUCCUUACUGUAAAGCCAAUUGCGGCAGUCCAGAUCAUGGUUACUGUGACCUAACAGGAGAAAAAUUGUGUGUCUGCAAUGAUAGUUGGCAAGGUCCUGAUUGUUCUUUGAAUGUUCCCUCUACUGAGUCUUAUUGGAUUCUGCCAAAUGUUAAACCCUUCAGUCCUUCUGUAGGUCGGGCUUCACACAAAGCAGUUUUACAUGGGAAAUUUAUGUGGGUGAUUGGUGGAUAUACUUUUAACUACAGUUCUUUUCAAAUGGUGCUGAAUUACAAUUUAGAAAGCAGUAUAUGGAACGUAGGAACUCUGUCAAGGGGACCUCUCCAGAGGUAUGGACACUCUCUGGCUUUAUAUCAGGAAAACAUCUUUAUGUAUGGAGGCAGAAUUGAAACAAAUGAUGGCAAUGUCACAGAUGAAUUAUGGGUUUUUAACAUACAUAGUCAGUCAUGGAGUACAAAAACUCCUACUGUUAUUGGACAUGGUCAGCAGUACGCUGUGGAGGGACAUUCAGCACAUAUUAUGGAGUUGGAUAGUAGAGAUGUUGUCAUGAUCAUAAUAUUUGGAUAUUCUGCAAUGUAUGGUUAUACAAGCAGCAUACAGGAAUACCAUAUCUCAUCAAACACUUGGCUUGUUCCGGACACUAAAGGAGCUAUUGUACAAGGUGGAUAUGGCCAUACCAGUGUAUAUGAUGAAAUAACAAAGUCCAUUUAUGUUCAUGGAGGCUACAAAGCAUUACCAGGCAACAAAUACGGAUUGGUGGAUGAUCUUUAUAAGUAUGAAGUUAACACAAAAACUUGGACUAUUUUGAAAGAAAGUGGGUUUGCCAGAUACCUUCAUUCAGCUGUUCUUAUCAAUGGAGCUAUGCUUAUUUUUGGAGGAAAUACCCAUAAUGACACUUCCUUGAGUAACGGUGCAAAAUGUUUUUCUGCCGAUUUCCUGGCAUAUGACAUAGCUUGUGAUGAAUGGAAAAUAUUACCAAAACCAAAUCUUCAUAGAGAUGUCAACAGAUUUGGACAUUCUGCAGUAGUCAUUAAUGGGUCCAUGUAUAUAUUUGGGGGAUUUUCUAGUGUCCUCCUUAAUGAUAUACUUGUAUACAAGCCUCCAAAUUGCAAAGCAUUCAGAGAUGAAGAACUUUGUAAAAAUGCUGGUCCAGGGAUAAAAUGUGUUUGGAAUAAAAAUCACUGUGAAUCUUGGGAAUCAGGGAAUACUAAUAAUAUUCUUAGAGCAAAGUGCCCUCCUCAAAUAGCUGCUACUGAUGACAGAUGUUACAGAUAUGCAGAUUGUGCCAGCUGUACUGCCAACACAAAUGGGUGCCAGUGGUGUGAUGACAAGAAAUGCAUUUCGGCAAACAGUAACUGCAGUAUGUCUGUCAAAAACUACACCAAAUGUCAUGUGAGAAAUGAACAGAUUUGUAACAAACUUACCAGUUGUAAAAGCUGUUCACUAAACUUGAAUUGCCAGUGGGACCAGAGACAACAAGAAUGCCAGGCUUUACCAGCUCACCUUUGUGGAGAAGGAUGGAAUCAUAUUGGGGAUGCUUGUCUUAGAAUCAAUUCCAGUAGAGAAAGCUAUGACAACGCAAAACUUUAUUGCUACAAUCUUAGUGGAAAUCUUGCUUCACUAACAACCUCAAAAGAAGUAGAAUUUGUUCUGGAUGAGAUACAGAAGUAUACACAACAGAAAGUAUCACCGUGGGUAGGCUUGCGCAAGAUUAAUAUAUCCUAUUGGGGAUGGGAAGACAUGUCUCCUUUUACAAACACAACCCUACAGUGGCUUCCUGGUGAACCAAAUGAUUCUGGCUUCUGUGCAUAUUUAGAAAAGGCUACAGUGGCAGGCUUAAAAGCUAAUCCUUGUACAUCUAUGGCAAAUGGGCUUAUCUGUGAAAAACCUGUUGUUAGUCCAAAUCAAAAUGCAAGGCCAUGCAAAAAGCCAUGCUCUCUAAGGACAUCAUGUUCCAACUGUACAAGCAACGGCAUGGAGUGUAUGUGGUGCAGCAGUACGAAACGAUGUGUUGACUCUAAUGCUUAUAUAAUCUCUUUUCCAUAUGGACAGUGUCUAGAGUGGCAAACUGCCACCUGCUCUCCUCAAAAUUGUUCUGGAUUGAGAACCUGUGGACAGUGUUUAGAGCAGCCUGGAUGUGGUUGGUGCAAUGAUCCUAGUAAUACUGGAAGAGGACACUGUAUUGAAGGAUCUUCACGGGGACCAAUGAAGCUUGUUGGAAUGCACAACAACGAAAUGGUUCUUGACACUAAUCUUUGCCCCAAAGAAAAGAACUAUGAGUGGUCCUUUAUCCAGUGUCCAGCUUGCCAGUGUAAUGGACAUAGCACUUGCAUCAAUCAUAAUGUGUGCGAACAGUGUAAAAAUCUCACCACAGGAAAGCAAUGUCAAGACUGCAUGCCAGGUUAUUAUGGAGAUCCAACCAAUGGAGGACAGUGUACAGCUUGUACAUGCAGUGGUCAUGCAAAUAUUUGUCAUCUGCACACAGGAAAAUGUUUCUGUACAACUAAAGGAAUAAAAGGUGAUCAAUGCCAAUUAUGUGACUCUGAAAAUCGCUAUGUUGGUAAUCCACUUAGAGGAACAUGUUAUUACAGCCUUUUGAUUGACUAUCAGUUUACCUUCAGCUUAUUACAAGAAGAUGAUCGCCACCACACUGCCAUAAACUUUAUAGCUAACCCAGAACAGUCAAACAAAAAUUUGGAUAUAUCAAUUAAUGCAUCAAACAACUUUAAUCUGAAUAUUACAUGGUCUGUUGGCUCAACAGCUGGAACAAUAUCUGGGGAGGAGAUUCCUAUAAUUUCUAAGACAAAUAUAAAGGAAUACAGAGAUAGUUUCUCCUAUGAAAAAUUUAACUUUAGAAGCAAUCCUAACAUUACAUUCUAUGUGUAUGUCAGCAACUUUUCCUGGCCUAUUAAAAUACAGAUUGCAUUCUCACAACACAAUACAAUCAUGGAUCUUGUGCAGUUUUUUGUCACCUUCUUCAGUUGUUUCUUAUCCUUAUUACUGGUGGCUGCUGUGGUAUGGAAGAUCAAACAAACUUGCUGGGCUUCUCGACGAAGAGAGCAAUUGCUUCGAGAACGGCAGCAGAUGGCCAGCCGUCCUUUUGCUUCUGUUGAUGUAGCACUGGAAGUGGGAGCUGAACAAACAGACUUUCUGCGAGGGCCAUUAGAGGGGGCGCCCAAACCAAUAGCCAUCGAACCAUGUGCUGGGAACAGAGCUGCCGUUCUGACUGUGUUUCUUUGUCUACCAAGAGGAUCAUCAGGUGCCCCUCCCCCUGGGCAGUCAGGCCUUGCAAUUGCCAGUGCUCUAAUAGACAUUUCACAACAGAAACCUUCAGAUAGUAAAGACAAGACUUCGGGAGUCCGAAAUCGAAAACACCUCUCGACACGUCAAGGAACUUGUGUCUGAGCAAUGGAAACCACUCCUGUAUAUUCUGUAAUGUUUUAUUUUGUAACUGGCUUCUGUUAAAAGCUGUUCUCUGGCCUCAGAUUUUAUGGAGGCAAACCUCUGUAUCAUCCAGGGCACAAGUACAGUUUCCUUCAAAUGGGCACUGACCCAAGUGGCCAAAGAAUGUUCAUGAGUUUUAUAAAAGUAACAAUAUAGAUGGUCACAGGUGAUAAAGUCAGUUUUUACAACUAUGUUAGGCUUAUUAUAGCUAACAUUAAAUUACUCUGGAAAAAGAUGUAUAUUGUUUCUUAAUGAAGAUGAAAAAUAUGUAAUUCGUAUAAAUCAACUGUUUAUAUCCAAGACUUUAAAGAGAGACAUUUUAUAAUGCCUGAAUGAUAAGAAUUGUACAGUUUUUGCCUCAUAAGCAAACUUAAAUCACCUGUAUAUGAACAGGAAAUGAACAAAUUGCAAUGGCUUUAAAUGCUGUUUUAUCUCAUUGUAAAUGUGAAAGCAAGAUAUUGAUUUAGUAGGAUGUAGGUAAUGUAUUUAAAUAUUUCACAUGGCCAUAUCAUGUCCAAACUUAGUUUGAAAACGUGACAGUUUUCCACCUCACUGGAAUACAGACCAGACUGAGUCCAUCCGGAUGGAUGGUAGGUACAACUUCACAGGAGGUUUAUUAGAAUUCUGAGUGUGGAGGACAUUCCUAUCGUCCAUGCCAACUGCCUAACUCAUUAUCAGAGCUGAUAGAGCAUGGAGAAGCCUGUCCAGCAAUCAAUUUUUCUACUCCUUCCAAAAAAACAGCCUCCAAUACCACAAUGUGAAGAGGGCUGCAAUAGUUAUGUUACAGUGUGCAAGCUUCUGCUCCAAUAUGGUAAUGGUUUUAAUUGCCUCGGAAUCACUGGAUCAGACCUAAAUGAUCCAUCUGCAUUUUUUGUAAGAAUAAAUCAUUUUCUUUUGGCCUUCCUCUCCUAACUGCUAGAUUUUGUCUACCUUUUACAAAUGUUAUGGAAUAUAUUUUAGAGGUGACCCCUCUCAAGUUAUAAUAUGACCCAAGUUCCUUCCUGCCAACUAUUUCACACAGAAUACAAGCAGAGAAUCACAUUCGCUGGCGGACAUCAACAGCAUUCCUACUUCUAACGUGAACGCAUUGGUGUCAUGAGAGAAAGUAUGUUCAUUAUUGCCCACAUUCAGCUUAUUCUUAAUAACUCAAAUCUCUGAAUUAUGGCAGGAAGGAAAAUACAAUAAAACAGCCUUCACAUUGAAAUGUAGAAUCAUUCGUGUCUAAUAUUGACCACGGUUCACUAAAGCUCAGUAGCAUUAACAGAAGUAGUUUGGAAUUGCCAUUUCCUAACUUCAGGGUGACUACAGGAUAUAUGUAAGAACUGUGAGGGUGAUAUCCAAAGCUGCUGUAUAUGAUAUAGUUUGGUUCAAUAUGAAAGUAAUUUAAAUAUAAUUGACGUUUAGUACCAUACACGUACUUUUCACGUUCUUUGGAUUUCUGGAAGGUAAUGAUACUUCACUGUUUACAGCUAAUGCAUAGUUAUUUGCAUGCCAUGGUUGUACAGUAGCAAAAUAAGACUCUAUUGUGAUAUUAAAUGUUUAUUUCAUAAUGCCAUUUAUACAUAGCUUAAUUUGAUGAGGAUUGAAUGUAAUAUAUAAUAGGAAUGAUCAUACAAUAUGUAGUUGCAUCUUAUAUAAGAUUGCUAGGUUGCAUCUAACCAUGACUAUGUCAUUUUUUUGAUAAUUAGGCAUUUAUGAAUUAUAGUAUAUAUUCCUUAUGUUGGCAUGAUAAUUUGGUAUUUUCCAUGCAUUAAAAAUAAGACAAAUUCUUACAGUAAUUUUAUUAAUUUUUUCUAUAGCCUGUGGGGGUUUUUUGGAGGGUGAGGGCACUGGUUGUUUCUACUUCCCUAUGAUAUUUUCUCUCUUAAAAAAAACAGAGAGCUAAGUUUGUAAAUGUCUCCUAAAAACAAUCAGGUAAUUUUAUCAGCUUCUUUUUGGACUCUUUGAAUGCUGAUUUUUCUCAUGGAAAAAUAAAUUGACGAAACUAGUGAUUACAAAGAUAUAAUCAUUGAAAAAUAAAGCAAUUGGCCAAUUUAUUUUAUUUUCUAACAUUUGUCAUGGGAGAAAGCUUAGAUAACAAAAAUAGAAAAACAUACAGACUUGUAUGUAAAAUCUGUAUCAGCUAUGUUUUUACAGAGGCUCAGCAACUAUUAAUAGUAUUACUGUGAAAGAAUUGUCAAGUUUUAUCUACCUCAAAUCUCACUGGGUUGUUAAAACUUGAAAAUUCAAAUUUUGGAGAAUUUGGGGACAUAAUGCAAUGUUAAGUUAAAGUCAUACUAUACCUUUCUGGGCCAAAUAUUUCUUACUCUGUGACUAAUUAUGCAAUGUAUUCUCAACUUAUCAAAGAUUUUUGCCUUCAGGUAAAGUAGAUUUAAAAGACAUCAAGGAUCAAGAAUAAUCACUUUGAAUCUGCGUCUUGUUUUUUCCCCCUAUAUCCCAAAUACUUUAAAUUUGGAUGCUUUCAUUUUUUUAAGAUUCAAGUCACAGGAAUAUAGAGAUAGGUUCCUAGAAGUUAGGAGUUAAAUGACUGAUUCUCUUGAAAACUUACCUUUAUGGAAUUCUGAACAUUUCAGUUUAAAAUGACUUUGAAAAAUUCUUUAGAUUUUAUAAUUUUUUAUUCUGCCAAGGAUGAACAAAUUUUGGUUACAUAGAAUGGAGUUGUAAAAAUUAACCUGGGGACACUAUUUGUACAGCUAGGAAGUUCUUGUUGGAAAAGAAUUUGCACAUGCUUAAAAAUUGAUUUAAUAAAUUUUAAGUGAAUUAAGAUUCUCAUAAUUGCUUUAAAUGAAUAUUUAUUUUAGUGAUACACAGAGAAGGAAAAUAGAUGCCAUAUCUAGAUAGAUGUCAGAUAGAUUAACACUAAUAGAAACUUCAAAUAGGACAUAUUUAAAUAUGCAAUUGAUACUUGCUGUACUCACCAUUAAUAUCUCGUUUUCUUUUGGCUUCAGUAAGAUAGAGGUGACUGACUGCUGUGCAUGCCUUAGGGUCAUUUAGAGUGAGGCUGGCACACAGGCUGCAGAACAGGUGUGGGACCCAGCUUUGAGGUAUGUGGUGCUGGGCAAGUUUUACCUUUUGAAGCCUCAGCCUUUCCACCUGCAAAGGGAGGUCAUGACUCCCACCUUGCAGAGCUGUUGUGAUGCUAGAAGGUAACAGACAUAACGUUCCCCUACAGCAGGGCCCUGGAUGCAGCGUAGCUGGGGCCACCAGGCCACUCUUUUCUACCAAUUGUUUUAUGAAUUCAUCUAUUAAUGUUCAUGCAUCUUUUCACCGUAGGCAAAAGUCAGGUAGGUUUGUGCAAAAGACUUCCUGAAUAUCUUAAGUUCCUAUAUUUCUAGGAUAUGGGGAUUUCUAAAAAACUACUCUGAUAUUUGGAUCUAUAGAGGCUUUGACUCUUUUUAAGUCUGUAUGGUUUUAGUAGAGUAUUUUAAAAACUACUGACAUUUAGAUGAGAGCAUCAAUUGUUGCCUUUUGCAUACAAAUUAGGCAAGAAGGGGUCAGUACUUACAUUUUGUUGUCAUACACGAUACAUGUUUUUUUCAGUGAACAUAAAUCUAUGAUUUGAAAUGUGAUUUGUAGUUUGAAAAGGUUUAAAAAAUGAAAACUCAUCAAAUAUACUAAUUCUCCCCACCUACACUUUAAAAAUAAUUAACUUCCCAAACCAUUUGCCAUUUACCAGGGUGAGCUUGGAAUUUACUUGAUCAUAAGAAUUCCUUGGGUUAGUGGAGAUUCCCACCUUCCCUUCUAGACAUUCAGAUUCCAGACGGGGAUGGCCCCGAGAGCAAUAUUCUUACUAAGCCCUCGGUUAUUCUUACCAUUAGGCAGAUUACAGAAACACCUCGCUGGGCCAAAGCGCUGCCUUUGUCUAUGGUUAGACGGAGUUCUUUCAAUAAAAAAGUUACCACUCUAACUCAAAAUGCUUUCAAUAAUUUUCCAAAGGAUACAAACUAUCUGGUUGGUGUGACAGCACUGCUUUCAUUAUAGUGUACAUUUAACAUUUUAGUUUUAUCAAAUUUUUAAAUUAAGAAUUUGAACUAUAGUUAUUGUCAGUAUGUAUGUACACAGGUGUACAUGCCAGUAUUAAAAACAGAUUGUGUAAAAGUUCAAACCUGCUUUAAAAAGCCAACAUUUUAUGGUAUAAUGUGCUAUAUUAAUCAGGACUUUAAUUAUUGAAAUAAAAACAUUGGCUCUUCAAACCCCCACUGCCAAAA